AUGAGGAACCAGGACGAGAUAACAGACGCUGUCACAGGACAUGCGGCGGACCGCACAGGCACACACAAGGAAAAGUUCGAGUGGCCGGACUCUCCCACCUCUGAAGCUUCAUUUUCUCAUGGCAAAAUUACCAAGGAAGUCAAUGAUGCGGAACAACAGAUCAUCGAAGCUGGUGAAAUAAAAUACCAUCGGGUGGGAUGGGUACAGCUCACCGUCCUAUUGAUCAUUGAAGCGAUUGCAUUGGGUGCCCUAUCCCUCCCCUCAGCAUUUGCUACCCUUGGGAUGGUCGCGGGCGUGAUCUGCACGGUUGCAAUUGGUAUGCUUGCGAUAUACACGUCGUAUAUUAUUGGUGAAGUGAAAUUAGCCCACCCAUCCAUACGCCAUUAUGGGGAUGUUGGGACUUUGAUGGCAGGACGUUUUGGAUAUGAAGUACUCACAGUCAUGCUCGUCCUGUCAACCGUUUUUGUAACAGCAUCGCACUGCUUAACUGGCACCAUUGCCUUCCGUCACAUCACAGGAAGCGAUAUAUGCUCUCUUCUGUUUGGUGGCGUAUCUGCCAUCAUCCUUCUAUUGCUCUCAAUUCCCUCGUCCUUUGCCGAUAUGGCCUGGCUUGGAUAUGUCGAUUUCGCGUCCAUCUUGGCCGCAAUCGGUAUUACUAUUAUAGCGACAGGAAUCAGAUCGUCGGAUGCACCAGGUGGACUGUCAGCAGUGAACUGGUCCCCGCUCUCUCAAGGAGACCCGACCUUUGCCGAAGGUUUCAUAGCCAUUAGCAACAUUGUGUUUGCCUACUCCUUUGCCACCACCCAGUUCUCCUUCAUGGACGAAAUGCAUACCCCCAAAGACUACAAGAAGUCCAUCUGGGCUCUCGGCCUCCUUCAAAUAGCCAUCUACACCAUUACAGGUGCAACCAUCUAUGCCUUCGUCGGACCAGACGUCGAGUCCCCCGCGCUUCUAUCGGCCGGCCCGCUAGUUAGCAAGAUUGCAUUUGGCAUAGCACUUCCUGUUAUUUUUAUUUCGGGCGCCAUCAACACCAUCGUCGCGGGUCGCUUAAUCCAUCAACGGAUAUAUGUCAACAGCGUCACGAGAUAUAUUAAUACAACCGGAGGUUGGAUUACAUGGCUUACCCUUAUCACCGUUAUUACGGUAAUCGCAUGGGUCAUUGCCGAAGCCAUCCCUUUUUUCUCAGACUUGUUAUCUAUCGUCUCAUCGCUUUUCACAUCUGGGUUCUCUUUCUACCUGCCUCCAGUCAUGUGGUUCAUGUUCCUCCGGAAGGGAAAGUGGUACUCCAAGGAGAACCUACUUCGCAGUGUCGUCAACAUGUUAGUUUUUAUUUUUGGUGUGGCUGUGUUGGUCUGUGGUCUAUAUUCCAGUAUCGAGGAUAUAAGGAAUAAUUACCGGACCGGCAAGGUUCAUGGUGCAUUUACCUGUGGUCCUGUAUAA